AUGAGCAACAAACGGUUUACCGUUAAUCCGUUUGCUGACUUGACGCUGACGGCGGAAGACCGCGCCAAGCUCGUGGAUAUCAGCGAAGCACUCGUCCAAGCCAAGCUCGAAGAAUAUGAGGAGUACCUGAACAACGAGAAGCGCGUUGACCUGGACCGCUGGAAGAAGUUCGCGAAUUCAGGCGCAACGACGUCGUACCUCGAGCGGAAGAAGUCGAACCCGGAGUCCAAGUUACCUGAGCUGCUUAUGGUUGGUCCGCUUCCGGGAACUUUGGAUGAGAACAUGUUUGGCUUGGUGAACCCAACUCUCGAGUCGAUGCGGAUCAAGGCGUCGUAUCUCAACGAUUUUAGUGCUGGAGCGGUGCUGGACACGAUCGUGUGGCCUACGGAGGAUGAGCCUUUUCGGUCUGUGGUGGUGAAGUGGAUGGAGAUCGACAUUCCUGGGGCCUCUAUCGGAAUCGUGCGCAACCGUGACUACGUUUUUCUCGAGAGCUCUGGCAUUUUGAGCAUGAAGAACGGCGAGCGAGUGGGCUACCACCUUUUCCACUCCGUCAAUUUCCCGCAGACGCACAAGCUUCCGAGCCGGAUCCGCGGCAACAUGUCACUCUGCGCUAUCUUCCACCAAGAGGGGCCUGACAAGACGGACUGCCGAGGCACGGGCAUCAUGGAUCCGGGAGGUGAGUUGAUCCGUAUUCUGGGCGUGAUGGGGAUGGUGCAAGCAACGUUGGCAAGUGUGAAGUACUCGUACUGCGGUCAGAUGAAGAAGUUGGCGUGGUUGCUGGAGCAGAGACACGCUGAGCUAAGGGAGCAGGGUGGGCCCGUUGUGAAGCCCGAGUGCGUGACGUGCUCGAAACAGAUCAAGAGCUCAAAGUUGAAGAGCUCGAAAAGCACGUGCAAGGUGUGCUUCAGCGCAGUGUGCAGCUCCUGCAGGGUCUCCAAGAGGUUGAGUUUUAUUACGCCGGAUCUGGAGCUUUCUCAACGAAAAGUGACGUUCUGUGUGAAGUGCCUGCUCGAAGCAGCCAAGAUGGACACGCUGGAAGCUGCUCGCCAGCAAUUUGUCUACAACACCCAGCCACGUAACUACAGCUCUUCCGGGUCAAGUGCUUAUUCUGACAGCACGGUCAGUUCUAUUUGGCCACCAAGCUAG